GUGGAUCUGUCUGUGUGUGUUACAAGGCUUAUCGUUCACUUUGCCAUCAGACUCAAGACGUUGUGCUGCUGGAUCGAUCGGUCACUGUCCGUUCCUCUGCAUCUGGACCCCCAGGGUCUCAUGAUCUAAUCCCACACAUCUCCAGUGAGGACCGUGGCCUCUCUAGUCUCGUCCAGUCUCACGGCACUGAGCUUCAAUGCUCUCGCUGUGACCCUUCAGCUGCCAGUCUUGUAUUGUUCUCCCUCCGUCAGUCCACGUUCAGCUUCUUCACCUUGCCAUGGACAUCGGUGGCCUGACUACGGUGGUGGCCAACUCGGCGUACAUCUCGGCCCGUGGCAGUUUCGAUGGCACGGCCAACCCGGCGGCCAACCGAGACAAGAAGUACCACGCCAAACUCAAGCUGCCCCACAUCACUGUGUGUGAAGAUCUGAGGGAAACUCUGGAUCUGCAGUUUAAGAGCAUUUGUGUGGAGCAGCCCAUCGGCAAACGGCUGUUUCAAGAGUACCUGGAAAUCACCAAUGAGUACAAGGGACCGUGUCGCCUCUGGAAGGACAUUGAGGCAUACGACACCGCCGAGGAUAAAGAUCGGGCUCAGAAAGCAGCCAAAAUCCUCCAGCGUUACAUGGAGCCUUCUGCCAAGCUCUUCUGCCCGUUUUUACCCGAGAAUGACAUCACCAAGGUGAAAGAACGGCACGGGGAGGCAGCAGAUGACCUGUUUGUGGAGAUCCUGGCCAGUGUGUUUGACUUCCUCAAAGAGGUUCCCUUCACGUUCUAUCUAGAGACCAUGUACUUGAAACGCUUCUUGCAGUGGAAGUGGCUGGAGAUGCAGCCGGUAGCCGAGGACUGGUUCUUGGACUUCCGUGUUCUGGGUAAGGGUGGAUUCGGAGAGGUGUCCGCCUGUCAGAUGAGGGCCACAGGGAAGCUGUACGCCUGCAAGAAGCUCAACAAGAAGAGGCUGAAGAAGAGGAAAGGCUAUGAGGGUGCCAUGGUGGAGAAACGGAUCCUGGCUCGAGUUCACAGUAGAUUCAUUGUGUCACUGGCUUACGCCUUCCAGACCAAAACAGAACUGUGUCUGGUGAUGACCAUCAUGAACGGAGGAGACCUCAGGUACCACAUCUAUAAUGUGGAUGAGAAUAACCCAGGGUUCUCUGAAGCCAGAGCGUGUUACUAUGCUGCUCAGAUCAUUCAAGGCCUAGAGCAUCUACACCAGAAGAGAAUCAUCUACAGAGACCUGAAACCAGAAAACGUUCUGCUAGAUAAUGAAGGUCAUGUUCGUAUCUCUGAUCUUGGCUUGGCUGUGGAGCUUGCAGAUGACCAGCUCAAAACCAACGGCUACGCUGGAACUCCAGGGUUCAUGGCCCCAGAGCUGCUGAAGGGUGAAGAAUACGAUUACUCAGUAGAUUACUUCACUCUCGGAGUCACACUGUAUGAGUUCAUUGCGGCCAAAGGACCCUUCAGGACUCGAGGAGAAAAGGUGGAGAAUAAAGAAGUUAAGAAGCGAAUCCUGAACGACCCGGUGACGUACCCAGAAAACUUCAGUGAGAAUGCCAAGUCCAUCUGUGAGGGUCUUCUGGCUAAAGAGGUGGACAAGAGACUGGGCUUCAAGAACGGCAUGUGUGAUGAGCUACGCGCACAUCCGUUCUUCAGCGAAAUCAACUGGAGGAAACUGGACGCAGGGAUUCUGCUGCCUCCUUUCGUACCGGAUUCCAAGACAGUCUAUGCCAAGAAUCUGGAUGACGUGGGCGCUUUCUCCACUGUGAAGGGGGUCUGCCUGGAGGACGAUGACAAGGAGUUCUUUGAUGAGUUUGCGUCAGGAAACAUCUCCAUACCCUGGCAGGAGGAGAUGCUCGAGACGGGCAUCUACGGUGAGCUGAACGUGUGGGGUCCAAACGGCACUGUGCCCAACGACCUGCGCCGAGAGUCCAUCCUGGAGCAGCCACCCAAAUCCUCCACCUGUAGCGUUUCAUAAUCACACCAACACUGAACUGUCAAAUAACAACAUAGAUUUGCUUCCGCUAUUUUAAACAGGUUGACAUUUAUUCUAAGAGCUCACGGUGAAGGUUGAGUAUUUGUGUUAGUGAUUAUUGAUCUUAUUGGCAUUAUUGAACUGUAAACUGAGUUCAAACACUCUGUGAGUUUACAUGCACCAUUCUGCUCAAGCAUGAUUAGCAUUUAGGCUUUUAAACGGAACCGAAUGAGAAAGAAUAUCUAAGAAUGAGGAAAGAAUAUAGAGCGAAAUGCUUUGCAGUCAUUCUUUUGAUAUCCAUAAAGCUCAGUAAGUUAUAACAUCUGUAAGUAAAAUGAA